AUGCCCGAUAUGUAUGCAAUCCAAAGCCCGAAGGCUACAUCUGAGAAAGACAAUUCGACCUUGCAUUACACACCAAAUAUCAUUCCCUGUCGUGUGCACCACGAUGGGCCGGUCGAGUCGCUGGACCGGUAUUGGUUGCCCUUGAAAGAUGAGAAAGAUAACACAGAGACAUCGCAUUUCCGUGGGCGCAAGCUUCGAGGUCGGCGCGUCGCCCUUCCUGAUGGCUAUCAAGGCGUUGUUGCGGUACCGACAGACCGUGUCUUACCUCCGACCCAGCAACCCGACAACGAUAACGCCCAUGAUGAAUCCGAGAUGGAAGAGCCAGUCAAGAUCCUCGAGACACAGGGCACCUUCGAUGACAUUGUAGUAUGGGGGCACGAAACUGUGCCCGCUGCCGAUGAUACAUUCGUCAAGGGUGUAGAGGAGUGGCUGCAAUUUGCGGAAGCACUGCACACAAAUCCGACGCCAGCGAGUCUUGAGAAGCAGACUGCUGCUUGA